AUGGAAGAACUCAGAGAAAAAGUGAUGGCAGUUCGGACGUGCAAACUCGUCGAUCACAAUGUGCUCACCAACAUCCUGCUCUACAUUUUCCAACUCGCCUACGCGUUUCCCAUCUCCAUCCUCUAUCUCCUGGUCAUUUUCACGAUUCUGAACAAGCAUCGCACCGAAAGAUCGUUUUCUGAUGUCUAUUUUCGAAUUUACGUACUCGAUGGCUUUGUGGUGAGUGUUCACGGCUGCCCGAGAUCUCAAGAAGUGAAUCUUUUCAGAGUCUGAUAGUAGUUAUCCUCGAUUUCGGCCUGACACGUCCACUGAUCUACGUGAAUCCAAUCUGCGACACAUUUCUGUCCGCAUUCCCUGAACCGACCUAUUGGCUCACUCCCUACUUGUUCUUUUUCAACUUUUUCCAAUUCGCCAAGAUCUUUUCGAUUUCUCUGAUGUCUGCAAAUCGGUAUACUUGUCUGGCUCAUCCGGUUUUUCACAAAUUGGUUAGUAUCGGUCCAAAAUGUACCCAAGUUUUCAACACAACAUGCCUCGGAACAGAGUUGGGCGGAAUUCUGACUUCUGUUCCUUUCCAGAAUGAGUCAAAUGACUUGAAGCAUACAAAAAACCUCAAAACGUUGCCUUUUUGCAGUUCUGGCGGAAGCACACGCGCCACGCAAUCACCGUCACCCUCAUAGCGCCCAUCUUUUGCACGUGGCAACUGGCCAUCUCGCCCACGCGUCUCGACGUUUACAACGGAGAAGCGCUUUUGGGAUACGAAAAAGUGGUGCCAUUUGUAAGAUAUUGUGCAGUUCUCCAACUUUGCACUCGUACAUUUCAGGUGCGCACAACUGCGUUCAAAUUGGUAGUCAGUCUCGUCGCUUUUGUCUUUCUCCUGUUCACAAACAUGAAAACGUACAGAGUGAUCAGAGGGAAGAGUUCAUUGAAAAAGUUGGAAGAUCCACUGACUCUCUCGACCAUCGUGAUGAGCGCCGUUUUUGUGGUUUACAUUAUCAUUCAGGUACCAUAGUCCUACAGUAUUAUAAACCAUUUAAACCGUUGAAGUUUUAGGCGAUUCUCCUCAUUUUCUCGACGACAUUCCUCGUGGAGAACAUGGUGUUCGGCAGUUUUCUCAAAAAGUUCGAGUUUGUCUGCAACGAUUUCUAUCUCAUGAGGUAUGAAUCGACUUUCAAAGGACACCUUGCGUCACAAGAAGUCACAAGAAUUCAGAUGACGUGGGGAGUCUAAUGAGAACGUUUUCAGCUCGCCGAUCGUCCUUCUCAUAAUUAACAAGCGCUUGCGAACGUCCAUUUUCCGGGUGUCGCCGGCGGUUCCGAGGAACUCUUCGAACACUCACAUUUCCUCGACCAAAGCCUUCCAAACUGUUCGGCCCAUUACAAAAUCCCCUUCGGCAAAGACUUUGGACAGUAAUGUUGCUAGAUUUUGA